GACCUAGCUCUGCCAAGAUCGAGGUAAAAUCGGAGGCUAGCGCCACUGUUAGGGCACCAGCGUUGCUUUGGAGUAACGGACGACGCAUAUAUUCAAGCCCUGUGCCAGCCUGCACGAAAAAGAGCUGCCGCCAGGACAGAUCAAAAGCACUCGGAGAGCAGCCUCUCGGACACGAUGCGCUGCCUCGCCCUGCUCGCGACGGCGUCGGCGUUCAUCACACCCACGACCCACGUAACCAAGUCUCUCUGCCGCGCGGCGCCGCUGGAGACGACGGACGACGACGGCUGGACCGUCACGCUGUCCGGCCUCAAGUACCAGGACCUCGUCGAGGGCACGGGCGCCACGGCGUCAAGCGGUAAAGUCGCCGUCGUCCAAUACGAAGGUAAAUUGGUGGAGUCGGGCCGCGUCUUCGACUCCACGAAAGGCAAAGGGUCGUUCAAAUUUGUGGUCGGCGAAGGUAGUGUAAUACCGGCGUGGGAUGAAGGUGUGAGUACGAUGAAGGCGGGCGGCAAGCGCACGCUCUACUGCCCGUCGCGGCUCGCCUACGGGCCGGCGGGCGCGGGCGCGAACGGCGAGAUUCCGGGAAACGCGGAUCUACUUUUUGAUGUGGAGCUCGAGAGCGUCGAAGAGGGCGCCGCGGCGGUGCAAAUGGCGAAAUUGGGCCUCGGCUUGAAUUUGAGGACGGGGAUCGCGUUCUUGCUGCUGCUGACGUUCAUCCUGCCGCCGUUGUUUCCGGACGUCGCGUGGCUGCACUGAGUAAGUAGUCCCGU